AUGGACUCGGCUGGGCCAGGGGCGCCUUUACCCAAAUACUGCAGCGUGGCCACAGCCCUGAAGGCCCCCGGCUGGGACUGUGCCGCGCCACCCUGGGAUCUCGCCUUCGCCUGCCCCUGGGCUCCCCGAGCGCCCUGGCUCAGCAGGCACAACCCCCUCUCAAGGUGUGCCUCCUAUCACUCGUGUAUCCACAUUGCUGACCCAGCAUGGCAGGGGUCGGGCUGGCUGGCAAGAGCUGAAGAUGCUGCUGACACCCAGGUCUUGGCAAGGAGGGAACCAGAUGGUUUCUAUUACUGGGCUCAGAUAAAGGCUGCUCCAGAGCUGGAGCAGCAGGGGACUCUGCUUGUGGAAUUUGAAGUUCCCCUUGUCACAGGCCCAAAGCUGCCAGCCCCACAGCUGAGUGUGGUCUCAGAGGAAGAUGUCAUUCAGCUCCCACGAUCCGUGGACUACUCACUGAGAACUGGGGACAAGGUGCUGGCACCCUGGGAGCCAGACCGACAGCGCUACGGCCCUGGCACUGUUUUGCUGGGCUUGCAGAUGACUGACUCCAUGAGAGCACCAGAGGAAGAAGAAAUCACUGUUCAUUUCUGGAAUGGCCUGACAGCUAAGGUGCCUCAAGGGGGGGUCCGGUGGGUGCCCCCAGCUGUCUGGAGGAAGGCUGUGGAAAGGCUGCACAAGCCUGUCCCCAGGAAGCACCUCCGGCCCCUCCUCUGGGCCCCCUGCUGCUCUCUGCUGGGGCCGGUCGCCGGAUGCAUCACCAGCGGGCUUCCUGUGGGCACGCAGUUCCUGUGCCCUCCCUGCCACCCCCGCGCCUGCUGCCCCCUGCUGUGCCAGGGCUGCCUCUGUUGCUCCCCCUUGGGUGGCCCCACCUGGUGGCCCGUAACCAGGACCUCCGAGGUCUCAGCUAGAGAGCUUGCUGAGUCCGAGCUGAAGUCCACAGCCCAGCUUUUGCCCCUGGAGGGCUCCACAGAGAAGGUGGCAGCAGUGCAGGCUCCGGUGGCUAUCUCUUCCUCCUCCUCCUCCUCCUCCGCUGAAGAGGAAGACCUGCUCACUGAUCUGGACAGGGGCCUUCCCCAGACCCUGACGGUGAACCGCGCAGUCCACACAGAACCCAUCUUCCUCGAGAAGUCUCGGAGGCAGGCUGCCCUCGGGCAGCCCGAGUGGAGGUACUGGAGGAGAAACGGACCUGAGCCGCGGCCCGGGAAGCCAGGAACAAGAUCUUGCACCAUCCGAAAGGAAGAGAAGGACACUAAGCAGGAGAAAGUGCCAACUGCAGUAAUGGGGGCUGCCACGGAGCCGGCCCUGAGAGCCAGCAACGUGAAGCUACCACAGACCCUGCUGGAGGAAGCUGGACGCCGAAGGCCAAGUACAGGAACCCAUCACAGGGACAAGAACUCGCCCUAG